AUGCCGCUCCUAAAACUCCCCAACGAGAUUCUGAUCCAGAUAGCAGAGUGCCUGGACCCCGCAGACUUCACAAACUUCCUCGUCCUCAACCACUUCUUCAAGAGCCUCUUGGUCCCUCUACUUCACAAUAUCGCCUUCAGCGACCCAGCUCAGUAUCUGGACUGGGCAUGCAAGCGCGGCCACGAGCACCUUGCCCGCCUCCUCCUCGAGGGCGGAACGUCGCCGAGUGUCCAAUCCUGCAUCAGUCGGUACCCGCUCCAAGAGGCCGCCUACUACGGUCACCUACCCAUAGUCAAGCUUCUCCUCCAACACGGCGCCGAUAUCAGUGCCAGGGACGAUGACUGCGGUACUGCGCUCCACUACGCAGCCGGCAGUGGCCACCCUGACAUCGUGCAGCUGCUCUUAGAGAACGGCGCCGAUAAAGAGAUUAAUGGCGACAUGCUACAUAACGUCACCCCACUCAUGUGGGCGAUCAAAGGCCUCGAGAUGGCUUAUGCACUGAAUCUGGAGAAAGCCAACCCAGAAUGCACCGUCCAUUAUUACUGGGAGGAGGAGGGCUUCCUUGACACGGGCAUGUUUAGUGCUACAGAGCUCACCGAGCAUAGAAAAUAUGCGAUGGCGCGGAUGCGUGAAGUUGUCAAUAUACUGCUAGAAUGGGGCGCAGAUGUCACAUACUCUUGUAAUACUGGAGAGUCGGUACUGCAUGCGGUGGCAGGUCUGGAUGAGUUUGAUGCGGUGGAGACGGCGGAACUGUUGUUGGAGCGGGGUGCCGAUCUACAUGCGGUUGACAAUGAAGGGAAUACGCCGCUACAUAUAGCGGCGUAUUGCGGGUUGCCGGGUCUCGUGACGCUAUUUCUGGAGAAAGGUGCGGACGUGAAUGCGGAGGACUCGGGUGGUCGGACGCCUUAUGGUGGAUUAGUUGUCGGUUUUCACCCAGAGGUCCACAAGAUACUUGAGCGGGCCCAAGAAGGGGCUCAAAAUGCUAAAGAAGACCGCAAGGCAUAG